AUGCUUGAAUAUCAGGAGUCCGGAGUGAAAGGUACAUCGGACCAUCGGAUUUCCUUUUCGAUUAUUGACAUACUGGAUCCUACAAAGUUCACAAGUAAAAAGACCGACGUGUCAGAGAAAGAACGGACAUCAUCUUCAGAAAACACGGAAUUUGGAAGUUUGAAGCAACCGCGCAAUGGGAAACACAGUGAUGGAGAUUGCGAGAGUAUAGGCGAUCGAUCUGAUGAUCGUCACGGCUGCGUCAGACUGCAUCCUCCCGAUCCAGAUGUUGACUUGGACUGUUCAUCCUCGCUCAGAAGCUUGAGAUCGGGCUUUUCUCCUUGUGAAGAUCCGGAUGAAGCGGCUGAAGAGAGGAUGACUCCUGCUCCGGAUGAUGUGUCGCGUCAGCGGCGGCGCCGCUCAGAUCACAGCUGUGCGAAACCGCGGCGCGCCAGAACCGCCUUCACCUAUGAACAGUUGGUGGCCCUGGAAAACAAAUUUCGCGCCACGCGUUAUUUAUCCGUAUGCGAGCGACUGAAUCUCGCGCUGUCUCUGAGCCUGACUGAAACCCAAGUCAAGAUUUGGUUCCAGAACCGAAGAACCAAGUGGAAAAAGCAGAACCCAGGUGUUGAGAGUUCCUUACAAGCUGGCACAAACUCUCUACCCAACAUCAGCCCCUCCUGCGGCUCCGCGUCUGCACUCCACCCUCCGUUUAGCACCGGGAACAUGAUCUUUCAUUCUGGCCCGGUGCAUCUGGCAACUUCUGCUGGACUCUUGCAUCCGUUUUUGACCGAUGGCUUUCUGCAGCCCGCAUUCUUCCCACCACACUUAUGAACUCUGCAUGGUGGAGGAAUGAUAAUAGACUGUGUGUAAAUGUAAAUUUAUGAAAAUGUGU